UAGUUCCGCAUCUAUCAGAAAGCAGUGGAAACCACUUGCCAACUUAUCGACCAAGUUUCACGCUGUAGCUGCAACACGAGCACACUUUCAAAGGGAUAAUACGUAUGUAAAUAUUUUAAAUAUAAUGGACGAAGCUCUAACUACACCUUCCACAUUUCAAUUACGUUUUUCGAAGCAGAUAUAUUGUGUUGAAUUGUCACCUUAUGAAUGGUCCCAACAUUUAAUUUGCAUUGCUUUAGCUGAAGAAAUUGUUAUCGGUACCGUUAAGUUUCAGGAUGAAGAUGAAGCAGUUGAAGACAUUGCUUACAACCUGUUGAGAACUUUUAGACAUGACAGUAGACCACAUGCUGUUGCUUGGAGUCCUGAAACCUCCUUGAGCGUAGUGCCAAAAGUUCUGAUGUUUUGUGUUGCUGGAGCAGAUUUCAAAAUAAGAUUGUAUAGCAGUGAUAUGAAUGAUGACACUGUAUGUGAGAUGAAAGGACAUAAGGAUUAUGUAAAUUCAAUCUGUUAUGAAACAGAGGGUGAGAUAUUAGCUUCUGUGUCUGAUGAUCACACAUGUAAGCUAUGGGCAGUAAAAGAAGAUGAAAAAUGUAUUUCAACAUUUUAUUUAAAAUCUCCUGGAAUGAGCGUUUGUUUUCAUCCAGAAAAAUCUGGAAAGUUUCUUGUUGGAGAAAAGAAGGGUCUGAUCCAUAUGUAUGAUAUAAGAAGUCAACAAGCAAUAAUGUCUUUGGAUACAGAUAUUGUUCCUUUAAUGUCAAUCGAUUGGGGAUCCAAUUUAUUAAGAGUAGCAGCUAUGGUAGCUGGAAAAUUAGUCCUUUGGGAUAUGUCUAAACCUAGUCCACCCUUGGAAUCAAAACCUCUUCAUAUUGAAGGAGGAUUAAUAGUCAAAUUUUCACCUACUUAUGAAUAUUUUGUAGCAACUAUAGGAAGACCAGAUAAUUUGUUGAAAAUUACAAAUAUAAAAACUGAACAAGAAAUACUUUGUGGUCAGGUAAAAUUAAUAAGUGGAAUAUGUUGGCAUUACAAGCUACCAUAUAUUUGUGCAACAAGUGAUACGGAAAUUCGGUUUUGGAAAAUAAUCUUGAACUAAAAUCGGUCGUAACACGUUAUCAUUAAGGAUAUCAUUUAUUUAAAUAAAAAAAAG